UCAUCAGGAAUUCUGAAUCAUUCUCAUCUCUUCAUCUCCCAUCUCAUAGUGAUGAUUUUUCAAUUGUUGCUGCCAUUGUAAAUAACAUCUGCAUUCUCUCUGUAUAUAUUCCUCAUCAAUCAUCUUCUAUUUUUAACGAAUUAGAACAAAUCAUCACUUCUUUACCUAGGCCCUUGUUGAUUCUAGGAGAUUUCAAUUCACACCAUCAGUUUUGGGGCAGUUCAGCAUCCAACUAUAAUGGACAUCGUGUUUUAAAAAUUCUAGAUGAUUACAAUCUAUGUGUCCUAAAUACUGGCUCUCCGACUCGCCAUACAGCGCCUACAGAAUCUCCCAGUGCUGUUGAUCUAUCCAUUUGCUCCGCUGAACUGGCUUCCUCUUUCAUCUGGCAAACUCUAGAUUCUACAUUUGGUAGUGAUCAUUUUCCAAUUAUAGUCUCAUUUCCUUCAACAAAACGACCACCUUCGAAACCUAGCCCUAGGCUUAAGUACAAUUUAUGUAAUGCUGACUGGAAAAAUUUCAAAAGCUGUGUAGAGAAGAAAUUGUUGUUUUUGCCAAGUUUAGAUGAUACUGACGUAGUUGGCUGCUCGGUUGCUUUGGCCCGGGUGAUCACAGAAACAGCUGAUGAUGUUUUUCCUGUAAAAAAUACAUAGUAAAUUUGGUUAUUCAGUCCGGUAUAGUACCAGAUUCAUGGAGAUCCCAAGUAGUUAUUCCUAUUUUAAAACCCAAUAAACCAGCAUCAGAUGUUUCUUCCUAUCGCCCUAUUGCCCUCUCCUCAGUAUUUGCAAAAGUAGCCGAACACUUAAUUAAAAACAGGUUAGAAUUUUUUGUUGAAAAGAAUCAAUUACUAUCUCAUAGUCAGUUUGGGUUCCGAAAAGGUAGAUCUACCUAUGAUAGUUUGUCAAUAUUAAUUGCAGACAUACGAUUGGCAUUUUCUAAAAAUGAGUCAAUAGUAGCUGCUUUUCUUGAUAUAAGUGCUGCUUAUGAUAAUGUUUUGGUUUCAGUGUUACAAGAUAAGCUUCUCAAGUUAGGCAUUCCAGAAAUGUUGAGUAACUUUGUAAUAAACCUUUUAUCUGAACGGUCCAUUAGUCUUCUUAUCGAUGACAACAAUAAAAUUUCUCGUUUAGUGUGGAGAGGAUUACCACAAGGAUCUGUAUUAAGUCCAUUGUUAUACAAUAUCUAUACAUCUGAUUUAGAGGCAUCGCUAAAUGGUACAGUUAGUGUCUUACAGUAUGCUGAUGAUUUAUUACUUUAUUCAUCAAAUCUUUCUCCUGAACAGGCCAGUAGAUCAGUCACUAGUUCCUUAGGUUUCCUGAAGUCAUGGUUAGAUUCUAAUGGUUUAGAACUUUCUGUUCCUAAAAGUGUUGUGGUUUUAUUUACUAGAAAACUGUUUCCUCCUCCAAUCAAAGUGCAAUUUGAUAACUACUCCAUUUCAGUAAAAGUUAAAACUAAAUUCCUUGGUGUCAUUUUAGACAGUAAAUUAACAGGUCUCCCGCAUUGUGAGUACAUAGUUUCUAAAUGUGAAAAAAAUAUUAAUAUUCUUAGGUGUGUUUCUGGUGUUUGGUGGGGUUCACAUCCCUUUUGCAUGAAACUAAUGUACAAUGCUUUAAUAAGAAGUAUUUUAGAUUAUGGGACAUUUUUGCUAGAGCCAGGUUAUGUCGCUGGCUUCCAAAAACUAGAUCGUAUUCAGUCUAAAGCCCUUAGAAUCAUUUGUGGUGCCAUGAAUUCUAGUCCUAUCAAUGCUAUGCAAGUUGAGUGUGCAGAGCCUCCGUUACAUUUACGACGCCAAUAUCUUUGUGAUAGAUUUCUUUUCCGUUGCUCCCAAUUCUCUAAUCAUCAACUCUGGAGAAUCUUGUCUAACCUCCUUCUUCAAAUAACUACUUCCAACUAUUGGACACACAAGAGUCCUCCUUGUUUAAUCAAAAGUUUUCAAAAAUUUAAAUCUAUUUCAGCUCCCACUGUUAGCUCUUCUACACUUCCCAUUUUUCAGCAUGAAUAUGAGUCUCUUACACUAGUUCCUCCAGUUCUCCUGAAUAUAGGUAUUUCAAAGAAUGAUAUAGAACAAAACCAACAAUUUCUGGGUUUUAUUGGCACUGAUUGUCAGGAUGCUAACCAUAUGUAUACCGAUGCUUCUAAGAUGUCCGUCAGUGGUUGUGUUGGUAUUGGAGUACUUCAUAUUCAAUCCAAUAUUUACCAAAAGAUAAAGUUGCCUCCCGAAUCCUCUGUGUACAGUGGUGAGUGCUUUGGAAUCCUGAAAGCAUUAGAGUUUAUCAUCAUUAUGCAUCUUAAAAAAACAAUUAUAUUUUCGGAUUCUUUAAGUUCUCUUCAAGCAAUAUCUAAAAUUCCUUUUAAAUCUAAAUCCAACAACCCAAUUAUAUAUCAAAUUCGUAGCCUAUUGUUAAAAUGUCAUCUUAAAGGGUAUUCCGUCUCCAUUGCUUGGAUUCCUGGUCAUAGAGGGAUUAAAGGCAAUGAAAGAGUUGAUGAAUUAGCUCGAGAUGCCAUUAUCUGUGGAGACAUGUUUCCAUUUAAAAAUGUUGCUGAAGACCUAUUAGCUCUACCCAAAUUAUUCCUACGAAAGGAGUGGACUAAACAGUGGACAUCUGGUACAGGUACUGCUUCUGCGUUACACUAUCGGAGCAUUCAAUCAUCAAUUCCUGUCAAACCAUGGUUUGCUAAAAUCUCUUUGUCAAAACCGGCUACCAGUAUGUUAAUCCGAAUGAGGUUGGGUCACGUAUGUACUCCACAACACCUGAAACUGCAAAAUCGUGUGGCCAGCUCCGCAUGUAUUUGUGGAGCUGAUCCCGCUGAUCUUAACCAUAUAUUUUUUGCAUGUAGCCUAAAUGAUUGUUCUUUAUUAUUAAGACAGCUGUCAGAUCUAAAAGUUCCGUUUCCCACAUCCAUUACAUCACUCCUGCAUAUUAAUGAUUCCUCUCCAGAUAUAUUUAAAGUAUUAUAUUCAUUCCUAUCACGUCAUAAUAUAAAACUUUAAUUUAUACUUUACCUUUCCCUGAUCCAUCCAAAAUUCCGUCUCAUCCGUUAUAAUGUAAUCCUUUAAUUCCGUUUCCCCGUUUUACUCGUUUGGCUGAAUGCGCCAGGAGCGCGAUGCCAUUAAUAAUAAAAAAAAAAAAAAAAAACACUCAA